AAUCAAAUGGUACUUCUUCUUCUGCUCUAUUUCUCUUUUGGUGGCUGGUUGUAUCUGCAAGUAAAGAUAAAGAUAAAGCGCACCAACUGUUUGCUAAAAUUCCCCCAUGUUUAUGAAUGUGCUGAGCAGAGGAGAUGCAGAGAAAUGGUCGAAUCGUCUACCUUUUACCGUGCAGUGUACUCAGAGAUAGAGGAGGUUGGAUGGGAGCAUCUGGUGAGGUUCGGUGGAGAUCUAACAUCUCUCAGCUUUCGGAUCUUAGAUGGCAAGGGGAGAAUGCAUAUUAUUGAGAUUCAAUUGGAUAAAACCCAUCCUAAAUGGCCUCCUUCAAUUUCAGCAGAUGUACCAUAUAUGUUUGAUUUAAAAUGGUCAACACACUCAAGAUUGAAAGAUGUGGUGCAGCAGUUUAAAAAGCAUCUGGAGAAGCUUCAGGCAUUUUGGUCUACUUUGGAUGAUAUUGACAGGUCCCUUUGGGUUAUUGAUCCUAAACAAGCAUCUCCUGCCGUAUCCUAUCGCCAGAUCAAUAUGGGAAAUGAUUGCUUCAUCAUGUUGUCUAUUAAUGCCUUUGAUCCUAGAUCUUUACCAGAAUGUCGUUUUAUUGGUUCAGGUCCAAUUGUGAACUUGUUGAGAAAUAGAUGGCGAAGAAAUAGCAAAAGAUGGAUAAAAGACAAACAAUUUCUAGAAAAUCUUAAAUGUCUUUUGGAGACUCAACUGCCAAUUCCCCCUGAUGUCCAGAAGAAUGAGCAGCAAGUUGAAUGCGGAAUUUGUUAUGCUCAGAGUCUUCCAAUUGAUGAAGAGCUCAGACAUAAGAGUGGAACUGGGACUGACUAUACAUGCGACAAUACCAGUUGCAAAAGGGCUUUCCAUAGCAUAUGUCUUGUGGACUGGUUGCGUUCUAUCACCACAACAAGGCAGUCAUUUGAUGUUCUAUUUGGAAGUUGUCCAUACUGUUCAGAACCAGUUGCAGUGAAAAUCGACAGCAUGAAGAAGUAGACCAUCAGGUUGCUCCUCUAUGGAAUGCAGCAAACCACGUUUUGUUGAGGUACAUUUGCACUAUUCUUCUUGUGGUGGUCCUAAUCCAUGCUACUAGUACUAACCAACCAAGUCAGAGAAGAUGUGCCAUUCCAAACAAACUUUUUAAUCCCUCAAUUAUCAAUCAUCACAGAAUGGCCCCUCAUUUUAAUGCCCCUUAUCGAUCCGGUUGGGAUUUGGGGUCCCUUGUUAUUUAGGUCUCCCCACAUCAUUAUGAAAAUGUUGCAAUUUCUUUGGAUUCAACAUAUACAACCAGUUGUAGGCAAGAAAAAUUCAGCGACCUAUUGAUUGUUUGCUUGCGGGUUCCACACUUUAUGUUGUAAGAGCUCGAUGCGGUUGGAUGCUUUGCCCUACUGUUUUCAAUUUGUCAAUUUUGCUUUCUUCAUGUUGGAUUUGAACUUUUUUUGUUGAUUGA